UCGCUUCCGGGAGGAAAGGUCACGACAGACGCGUCUCGGGAUGUGUUUUGGUCGCGAGGCUGCUUCUGGUCUCUUUGAGCCCGUGAGGGGCCGCUGGGGAUGGACGAAGACGGGUUGCCGCUCGUAGGCUCGGGCAUCGACCUGACCAAGGUUCCAGCAAUCCAGCAGAAGCGAACAGUGGCAUUUCUAAACCAGUUUGUGAUCCACACAGUUCAGUUCCUUAACCGAUUUUCUACUGUUUGUGAAGAGAAAUUGUCCGCCCUUUCCCUCCGUAUUCAGCAAAUUGAAACAACACUCAACAUUCUGGACGCAAAGUUAUCCUCCAUCCCUGGCUUAGAAGACGUCAAAUCUGAAGUAUCCAGCACCGGCAUCACAAAUGGCCCAGUCCCACAAGCCUCGAUAGAUCCACAAUCAACAACUGUAUCUCCUCAUUUAAAGCAGGGCAGUGUGCCUGAAGUGGCACAGCAGAGGACAGAAGAAGCUGCAAAAAAUGUCACAACUGUAGCAAAGGAUCCACGCUAUGCCAGAUAUCUAAAAAUGGUCCAAGUGGGUGUUCCUGUAAUGGCAAUAAGGAACAAAAUGAUCUCUGAAGGAUUGAAUCCAGAUCUUCUUGAGACACCAAAUGCUGCGGUGCCUGCAUGGGGAGAUGAGGCAAAUGCCGGAGAAAGUUCGGAUAGUGAAUCCUCUUUUAGUGACUAAAGGCAAGGGGAAGAGCAGUGUAUGUGCGUGGUCUUUUUCUUCAGCUGCCCUCUUUGUACCUUCUUUGCAAGUGCAUAAUUUGAAGGACUUUCUGACGCUUGAACCGCAUGAAAUAUUCUUUAAGAAAUAGAACCGUUGCACUGGGAUCUUCAUUUUGUCUUCCACAGAGCUUUAAACAGACCCAGUCCUUCCUGAAGUGAGACUUUCAUGACAUGUUCUUACUUCUGAUGUGGUGGCCUUCUUAACUGCUUGCUGUUCCACAGAAGCUCAGGGUGAUUUUGAGGAGUGGAAAGAGAAAUCUAUAUUCAUUACGAAACCUGUGGGCAAUACUUAACUUUAUAAACUAUGCCUGUAGGUUUGGAUUUCUUCCCCUUCCUGGUAAUUGCUUGCUCAGAAUUCAACUAAUGCUGAUGUCUUGUUUUCUUAGAUUGCAUUCCUGCAAUACCAGAAGAAUUCGGACUAUCACCAAUUGCAUUCGGUGAUAUUCGGAAUUCUCCUGAAUGAGAAUUUGGAAUAUCACCAGCCGGCCAGAAGAUAAGCACGUUCGCUUGUUCCCUGUGGCCUAACACAUGAGUGUCAGAGGCGGACGGGAGCAGAGGAAAAAGGCAUUGGGCAUAGAAUGAAGGUUGGUGGUGUUUUGAAGCAAAAGAGCAUCUAUUCUGUGGAGGCAAAGUACAAGAUGGUGCUGCUGCUUUAGCAGAAAACCUUUUUCCUUAAAAAUCCUAUUGUAACCUCAUGCAAGUUGUUACAGUAGCUUGCCCAGCAGCACAGGGUUGCUUUUUGCAUCAUCGUCACCCGAAUUGCCAAAAACCCUGUGUAAUUGUCAUUACUGUUGUGGGAUUAUUACUUUUUUUAAGUUUAGAACAACAUUCAUUCAUGUUAAAAAUAAAACCCAAUAAAUUAAAAUUGAGGAGAAUAAAGCUCUAA